GUUAACAUGGCGAAACUAUAAUUUGCUACAUGAAGUUAUUACAAUCUAGUAUCCCUUUCGCACUUUCCCUCUACUGACUCCCUAAUGUGGAUAACAUUACUUUCGAGUAUCGUUAUCGGAUGCUUUUCAAAACUUGUUAAAAAGGGUUGAAUUUUAUUUUUAGUUAUUAAUAUUUAUUUUUAAUCACAUCUUCAUAAUGCUUUUCGAGGUAAAUAAAACUUAGUGGUUAUGUUAAAAAAUCAUUUAAGUUAAAAAGUUACACUUAAUUAAUAUAAUAAUAAUAAUAGUAAUAGCCUAAUACUACUAAUAGCCUUGUCUUAGUCUUACUAGUCUUAGUCUUAAUUUGACGUAAAUUAUUAUUUAAAUUAUUGUAAUAUAAUAUAGACUAAGAUAGAAUACUAGAAUAAAUGAUCCUCGAUGUUAUCUGGAUAAAAAUAGAAGAUCCUAUGCGAUAAUUUCUAACUGCUAUUGCAAAAACUCAUCACAAUUCAUAACUUUAAAAAUGUAAUAAUAUUUAUGUUUGUAACAUUAUUAUUAUUACGUUUUGAGAAGAAUUUAUCUGCUAUAAUAUUAUCGUUAUAGGCCUACCCUACUCCUUUUCACCCUCCUAGUCUACUUUUCCCCCCCUCUAAAAUGACCUUAAAUUGCACAGUCUAAAUUAUUACUAAUUAUAUCAAUUUUGUCACUAAAGAAGUUAAUUGAGGGACAAUUACUACGUUAGAGAAAUACUUUAGUUUACCCCUUUUCGUGCCCUUGAAUUACAACUUUUUUUCUAAAAAAAUUGUUUAAAAAACUUGCCUAAAAUUUAUGCCAAAAACUCUAUAUAUGAUAUAAAAAUAUGGAAUAGGAAUUCGAUAUAUAUUGAUAUCUUCAGAAAAAAUUUAAACACAUUUUUUGCCUUUUUAAAAAAAUUAUAUAUUAUCAGAAAAUCGUAAAUCAAAGAAUUCUUUUAUCGAAAGAAGAACCGUGCAACCUUUUUUUCCACAUCUAUAACAGAUUUGAGUCUUGUUGUUUUUUUUUAAAUUUAAAUGUUUAAUCUCAUAAAAUACAAAUCUCUUUACUUUUUGCAAAGUAAAAUCAAAAAUGUAUUUUAAUUUUUGAAAGUAAAUAUUAACCCAUCCUUAUUUUUUAAAAUUAAUUUUUCAAGAGUGCAAAAUGAUUGGGUUUUGAUAUUCAUGGGUAUAAUUAUAUAAAUGUACCCAAGGUUUGUUAACGCCGUUGAUCGUCUUAAUUGGUAAACAUAAGUAUAUUUGUAAAAAGAGAGAGUAACAUCUUUUAACAUAUGCAAUACCAUAGGAGUUAACUACGUUGUCAUCCACGUGAAAAUGUAUAUAUCCUAUACUCCGACAUGUAUUUGUCCAAGAAAUUUAAUUAUUUAUCAAAAUCAUUCCUUUAUUUUGAGACGUAUUUCUGCUGCCUUGGGCAAAAUGAACAUACCCAUAUUUGUGAAAAGAGAAUGUAACAUCACUUUUUCACAAAUGUAAUACCUUAGGAGUUAACUAUAUUGUCAUCCACGUAAAAUUGUACACAUCUUAUUUCCCACCUCCGACAUACCCAAGAAAAUUAAUUAUUUAUCAAACCAUUCCUUUUUUUUGAGACAUAUCUUGUGCUGCCUGAGGCAAAGUAACCAACCCCUCCCCCACCCAGAUAUAAAUAAAUUUAGAAAAAUCUUCUACCAUAUUGUUUGAUUUGAUUUGAUAUUUAUAUCGCGCUGGUAUCCAUGCCACUUUAGCAUGGUCAUUGUGCUCUGGUCCUCCGAAAUCUAUUGAAACAAAAAACUUUUUAAUUGUUUCUUAAAUAAUUUUUUAUCAUUUAUUUUACAAUUCCCCUCAAAGAUUGAGGCAAACUGUUCCAUAAUUUUGGCGCUAUGGCUUCAAAAGAGCGCACUCCGUAAGACUUUUUUCUGUGUUCUUCAUCCACUCUAGGAACACUCAGUAAGUACUGUGUUGAAGACCGCAGGCUCUUCAGAAGUACAUGUUUAUAAAUAAGUUCCUUGAGAUAUUCCGGUGCUGAGCCAUCUAUGCAGCUGUAUGCCAGGGACACAAUUUUGUAGUUAAUGUAGUCCCUUCCAUACCCAUACUAAAAUAAUUUGCAUUUCAUAUGGUUCGUUCUUUUUUGUUUUAGUUAUAAGUUGAUUAGUCAAUGCUAUUUGGCUAUGGAGUUGCGCUGCACUGUUUGACUUAAACUGCAUUUUCUAAUUAAUUAUAUUUAAAGGUUAGUUUUUAUUGCGUUAUAAUUUUAAUAAAUGUAUAUUUUUGGAAUAAAAAAAGGCAAAACUUUUUAAUGUUAAUAUACACAGCAGAAAUGUAUGUGUUUUAUUAACAAUUUAAAAGACAAUCAAUUGUAUUUAUUAAUUUUACUUUUAAGAAGGGAAAUUACAUUAUCAGUUUUGUCACUCGCGGUUAUUAAAUUUAAAGAAACGUAAGAGUUUGGGAGAAAUAAGCUAUUCGCGCUAUGACAUCAUUUGUGUGAUUAUUUAGAACAAAUUAAUUUAAAAUUUUAUUUAGCAAUGUUAACAACACAUUAAAAGAUGCACUAAAAAUGACUGAUGUUUAAGUUUUCCCAAUAAAUGUGAUUACGGUGAAAUUCUUUGAUCAUGCUUUUUAAACUUUUUAUAUUUUUUCAUAACUUUUAAACACAUAUAAAAUGCUUAAAAUAGUUCCUUAGUUGAUACUUGACAUAUGUUUGUAAUUUAUAAUAAUAAUACUUAAAUGCUUACUAAAAUAAAAGGGGAUUUAAAAUAUUUUUUGCGCGUUUAAAUUUAUUCCAUUUCCGUAAAAUAAUAGAAAAUAACUAUGAUUGUUUUUAGGAAUCCGAACAUACUUAAAUAAUAUCUCCCAUUAAGCGUUAUGUCACCCUACCUCAUUGUAUAGCCUAAUAAAUAUAUAAUGGCUUAAUGGAGAAGUAAAAUGAUAAAAUUAAACUCAAUCAGAAGUUAAAGUUAACGCCUGUCUUUCUCUUAGUCUGGUUCUAAACUGAAAACUAUCUUUUUAAUAUUUUUUUUCUUUAAAAAAGGCUUAACUUAGUACUUAUAAAUAUAGUACUUGACUUAGUUAACAAAACUAAUACUAUGACUAUAGUCAUAUUAGCCAAUACAUGAGUACUCUUGACCAGCGUUCCCCAAACGGUGGUCCAUGGAAUGGCACCGGUCCGCAAGCCUUACGUUACCGGUCCAGAGAGCAUGAAUAUUGAUGUUUAAAUAGAAAGAAAAUGUAAUUAAUAAAUCUGGCACCGGUCCCUGGUGCAGUUUCUAAACUUGUCCACCGGACCGUGAAACUUAAAAGUUUGGGAAACGCUGCUCUAGACUAUAGACUAUGAGUAUGAUACUAUGAGUAUGAGGCUAAAAUAAAAAUUAAGGCUGGUCCUUACUAUCACAAUUACUAUUACUAAGUUACUUUGCCUUGGCCCCUUAGCCUUAGGUCUAAUCUUACACUUACAGCGAUGUUAAUAUUACAAUACUGAAUACUGUCAUGUUGUGAUAAUAGGCUAAAUGAAAACAGAGUAUAGAGGCCUACUACAGAAAAUGUUUUCUAUAAUUUUCCUUGGACCACAUUCAACAUCACCCAUUAAAGCCUAUUAGUAUUAUAUUUUUUUCACAAUUUUUUUACGCUUUGAAUGUUCUCACAAUUAAACAGAUCCAAAUUAAAUAACUUUAAAACUUUUCUGAGCUGACAAAACUGCAGACUAUAGCCAUAGGUAAUAAUACUAAUAUAAUAGCAAUUUGACAUAAGUUGUCAUAAGGCAUGAUAAGGUGUCAUCCAUAGAGAUCAGAUGGGUGUUAAAUGUUUCAAUCAAUCAGUGUGUGAUAAAAGUGUCUAAUGGUAAAUUCAUACCAAAUGGGGCAGAUGUCAUAAUGUGGGAUGUGUUGGGGAUGCUGACAAAUGACUUCAACUUUAUAGAAAUGUGUGUAUUUAAGCCACUUUCCUAUGAGGAUUUUUAUGUACCAACAGCUUAGUCAAAGAGGAGCAUUUAAAAUCAGCACACACAUUCAUGUAGAUAUGAUGUUGUACAAUACUCUUAAUCUAAUACAUUAAUUUUCGACAUACUACUAUAUAAACAUUUUAUUAAUUUGUUUCUGGAAACCUUAAACAAUACUUAAUAUCCGCAUAAAAAUAAUCUAUUUUGCAGCCUAUUCCUUAUACCUUUUAUGAGCCUGGAACAACAUACUUUUGGGUCCACUUUGGACUUAUUAUCCUAGGAUUCAUUGUUGCCUUGGCUACAUUAAUUGGACAGUGGAUAAAUCCAGCCCCUUAUGGAAAACAUGAGAGAAAUGUGAGUUAAUGUGUAAAGUAAAUGUAGGCAAUAACUCGAGGUCAAAAAUCACUGAAGAGUUAUAUAAAAGUCUGCUUGAAUUCUUUAUAAUUGAUGUUUAAUUUAAUCUAAUCUGUUUUUUAAAAUUAAAAAUAGUUUAAUUUUGUUUAAACAAUCAAGAUACUUGAUGUUAAUGUUUUGAAUCUCUCAUUCAGGAUGUUAAUUGGGGUCCAAUGAUUCCACAGCGGCUUGGACACAUAUUAUCAGAUGCUGUGCCCGGUGUUUUGAUGUUUUCUUUGGUAAUGCAUUUUAUUGUUCUUAUAGCUAUUUGAUUAAUGAACUUAUGAAUCAAAUUAAUUGUCAGAACACAAUGGAUGUCAUAUUUUUAUUUUAAUUGUCUCUUCUUUUUUCAGGUAUUUUUUUUAUACAGCCCAAAUGAGAGUGAAAAAGGGCCAAUCAACUAUGUUUUUUUUGGCUUGUUUCUUAUUCAUACUAUACACAGGUAAGCCAUGGAUUGGUACAAACAUAUUUGACAACCAAGCUAAAUGUUUUUAUUAUCAAUGUUCAUGUUCAUGGGAAAUGUAUCAUUUCAUUUGUUUGUGGACAAUGGAGUAAAGUUGUAUCUUAAAAUUUAAUAUUAUCUAAAUGUAUUAUCUAAAAUAUCUUUAAUUUUUUAUUGAAGUUUGAUACCGAUUUAAAUACGAUCACAUCAUAGUUAGACAGCUGUAACACAUAAGGCAAUAAGAUAUCCACAAUUAAUUCCCCAAGUUCAUUGUUUGUCUCAGGGGUAUUAUACACCCACUGACCAUGAGAUACAAGAAUCCUAAAGUUGCUUUAGGGUAAGUGCAAUAGGAUAUUUUAUUCUUGAUGUUGGUUAUGAGCUAAUUUCAUUUUUCAAAGAUUUAGCUUAGUUUAAGAUCUAUUUAUAUUUGUUCAUGAAUUCAAAACAGGGACAAAUAAUAAUUACAUAAUAUUUUUGGUAACAUAGUCCAGACAAAAAUCUAAUUUUUAGAAUAUCCAGAAUGCUGCUCUUUCCCAAGAUUCCUAAACAAAGGAAUGAAUAAACACACACUAAAUAUUUUUAUGGUUAAAAUGUUAAAACUUUAAAACAGAAUUAUUUUUUUUUAUGAUAAGUAUCAGAUAUGAACUUAGAAGUAUAAUAGUUUUUCAAAAUAUUUAGUUAUAAAAUCAUAUUAAGAUGUCCCGAAACAAAUCUGAAGUUAUUUUAGACUGCUUUGAUCUGUACUUUUUUCUACCAUAGAAUAACACUUGGUGGUGGCAUUCCAAAUGUUUUAUAUCACUGGCUGAAUGCAAACCACAUUGGUGUGGCCGGGUACCACAGCACGUAUUAUUAGUAAGUCAAAGAGUCUAUGCAACCAUUUGUUUCCUUUCAGUUUGUUAACGUACAUAUCACAUUAAUACUACUUUUUAUUUAAAUGAUGCAAUGUUAAAGCAAGUUUAAUUUCUUAAAGCUUUAAAUUAUGCAUAUAAGAACAUCUAUGUGAGGGUAGUGAAAAUUAUGUGAACAAAAUAAAUUUGUCUUGUUUGUUUGAUUGGCUGUUUAACUUAUUUCUUAGUUUACUUCAAAUGAGGCUAAAUGAGUUUUAUUAUUGUUUUUUUUUUCAUAUCUUUUUAAAGUAAACAAGGUUUUUAAUAGAUAAUUAAAAACAUGAUUAGUGCAAAUAAAAAGCAUAUAUUUAAAUUUGUUAACAAGAGUGAUUAACUUCUGCAUUUCAGUGAUCCCAGGUUUAUUUUAGGUCUACUGGUCUUUGUGCUUGGUUUCAUUAUCAACAGACAGGCAGAUUGGAAGCUGCGUUCCCUGAGACACAUUAAAGGUCACAGCACCACACAUUUUAUUCAGGGUGAUGGUAGGCGGGCUAGAAUUGUGCCCUCUUAAUGCAAAUUAAAUGCAUUUCAUUUAUUUAACCUGUAAGAACUUUCCUUUUGUACAAGAAUUUUUUUGAUUGCAUUGACUACCUGUCCUUCCUGGUGACAUGUUUUUUUUAGUAAAUUAAUGGCCUAACAGAAAUUCAUUUCAGUGCUUGCAAGUGUUGAUAAUAGAUACUUCAAAUCAUUGCUUACACCAUUUCCUACAUUAUUUCUUACACCAUUUCUUACAUGAUUUCUUACAUCAUUUCUUACAUUAUUUCUUACACCAUUGCUUACAUCAUUUCUUACACCAUUUCUUAAAUUAUUUCUUACAUCAUUUCUUACAUUAUUCCUUACAUCAUUGCUUACAUUAUUUCAUACUUUGUUGCUUACACAAUCUCUUACAUUUUUUCUUACAUCAUUGCUUACUUCAUGACAUACAUCAUUGCUUACAUCAUUUCAUAUAUCAUUGCUUACACCAUUUCUUACAUUUUUUCUUACAUCAUUGCUUACAUCAUUUCAUACAUCAUUGCUUACAUCAUUUCAUACAUCAUUGCUUACACCAUUUCAUACAUUAUUGCUUACACCAUUUCUUACAUUAUUUCUUACAUCAUUUCUUACUCCAUUUCUUACAUCAUUUCUUACACCAUUUCUUACAUCAUUUCUUACACCAUUUCUUACACCAUUUCUUACACCAUUUCUUACAUUAUUUCUUACAUCAUUGCUUACAUUAUUCCUUAAACUAUUUCUUACAUCAUUGCUUACAUCAUUUCUUACACCAUUUAUUACAUUGUUUGUUACACCAAUUCUCCAAUUUAAAAAAAAUAAUAAUUUGCGUGAAAACCCCUAAAUUAUUCUCCAAAAAUUAUAUUUUCUUGAUUUUUUUACUUAAAAGUAGUCCAAGAAUAGAUACCUACAGUAACUUUUCUUGAUGAACUCUCUAGGCAGCAAGGGCUACUACAUACCCUAUGGGGGACUGUAUGAAUUCAUCUCAUGCCCAAACUACUUUGGAGAACUUAUUCAGUGGACAGGAUGGUAAGUAUCAAGAUUUGGUUUUGUGGGAUGUACGAUAUCUGUCUUUAAGUUUCAAAUAUUUUUGUUUUUAAAUGAGAAAAGUUUAUCUCAUAUUAACCGAGUUAUUUUCAAAUUUCAUGGCUGUAGAAUAUGUUAAUCUAUCAUGGUGUUUGUGUUAAUCUGUCAUGGUGUUUGUCAAACAAAAGUGUUAUUGUAAAUAUUGGUGUUAACAAGUUUUACUUUUGUGUAAAGAAAUUACAUUUUGUUGUUUUACCAAGAAUAGCUUCACAACAUGACACCUGUCUUUGGUCUAUAUUGAAUUAUCUAGUUAUCGACAUGAUUGAUACUUUCUAAGUUAUCAACAUGAUUGAUAAUCAUCUAACCAAUAAACAAAGCUGCUGGGUUUUGUCCAUGGCUUGACAUGAAUAGGUUUUGGGGUGGGUGGGGUCAAUAUACAUUUGUUUUUGUUUUGUUUUUAUACUGCUGUUUUUUAAAUUAAAUAAAUGAAUGUUAUUUUUUAAUGUCAUGAUUAUGUUAGUUAAUUUUUUUAUGUAAGCACGGUGAGCCCAGCCCUAGGCUGGGGUAGAGCGCUGUAUAAGACCACUAAUUAAUAAUAAAAAUAAUAAUAAUAAUGUCUGUUUUAUCAGUAAAAUCCAUUGUGGCAUUAGCAGGUUAAUCCUAAAUAAUAUUUUAAAGAUUAAUUAAUCAGUGGAAAUUUCUGGCCAAUGGAAAACCUAACCUACUGUUGGACAGUGACAAACUACUGACUGAAUGUUGCGCCUUGUUUUGCACACCACAGUUUUGAUUGUGUAGUGACAUCUUGUUGUUGUGCAGUUCCUGUGGAGUGCUCCAUGUUGGUAGGACUCCAUGUUGUUCUCCUACAAUAAAACGUUGAACUAACCUUGAUGAUUGCCAUUGCUUGUUUCAUUAUCUUCCUUGUGAAGUUGGAUUAGCAACUUAUAUAUUUUGAAGUGGAUUAGCAACUUAAUAUUUUCAACACCUACUUUAUAACUUAUAUUAGCAUUUUUACAUUGUUUUUUGCUACAUUCCAUUAUUUGUUUUUACUUUACGAUACUAGGACUCUAGCUACUUGGUCAUUAGCAGGAUUUGUCUGGACCUGCUUUUCUGCUGCCACAUUUUUUGCUAGAUCUCGCCAUAACCAUCAAUGGUAAGUAAUGCAAUAUUUCCUUUGAAAGUGUGUUUCUGGACCUGCUUUUCUGCUGCCACAUUUUUUGCUAGAUCUCGCCAUAACCAUCAAUGGUAAAAAAUGCAAUAUUUCCUUUGAAAGUGUGUUUCUGGACCUGCUUUUCUGCUGCCACAUUUUUUGCUAGAUCUCGCCAUAACCAUCAAUGGUAAAAAAUGCAAUAUUUCCUUUGAAAUUGUGUUUCAUUGUCAUUACAAAGUGUUUCUCCAACAUUGCUUGUUGAAGUAAAAAUUAAAUUUUAGUCUAGGAUUUUUUUAUAUCACCUAAAAGGCAGUGUGACUAUCUAAUAUGUAUGCAUGUAUUUACCAGUCUUCACUGAAAAGAUGAAGGCCAAAAAAUGGAAUACAAGCUAAUUUAAUCUCACUGUGGUUCAUGGAAAGUUUGAUCAAUGUCUUUUAACACCAACAGCUUUAAUUAUUAAAAAUAAUUAAAUUUUCCUAUGUGCUAACAAGGAGGGUAAGCCACUAGGCAACUAUUAUUGAGGCCAUAUUGAAUUGACAUUCCGCUAUAAAAAGACGACAAAUCUAAAAUAUUAUCAACAAUCAUAUUGCUUGGACCAUUCACCUCCAGAUAUCCUAUAUCUACUAUAUAAAGGGCAGUUUGGCUAUGUGUGUAUGAACCGGUGUAAAUUGAAACAAAUAAAAGCUGUAAUUGACACAAUUAUCAAAUGUCUUGCCCUGUUAACACCGGGUCAAUCAGCUUCUAAUAUAACAAAAGCAGUUUUUAAUAGUAAUAAUUUAAGAUGCUUUCACUUAGUUUCUAUCUAGGCCAUUGCUAAGAGUUUUAUAGUUUGAAGUUUGGAAACUUUUGGUUCGAUAGAUUUACAAGAUUACUUAAAAUUAAGAAUUUUAUAAAAAAUUGUAAAUUUUAUUAAAAAAUUGAUUGUAUUUUGAAUAAGAUAAUAAAUAACUUGUUGUAUCCAUGGGCUGGAAUGGGUAAAAUAAUUUGUGACAGUUUGAUAUUAGGAUGCUGUCACAAUCACAAUGUCUUGUAAAUAAUACCAGAGGUGAAGUGGUUUAAACAAUAGGGACUAUUUUAUUAUACACGUUCAGUGACAUUCACAAUAAGAAAUAGAUCUCACAAAAGUAAAUCCGAAAACACUUGGAUCAAAUAUCAUAUUAAUCUCAAUCCUUCAAUUACUACCUUCUGGAUAAUCUUCUUUACUUCUUAAACUUAAUAAUGUAUCAACACACUGUAGACUGUUCAAUCUUCUUACAUAAACUUUGGGAAUUAAAACAACCAUUUUAUUCAACUUCCAUCUUGUUUCACUCUCCGCUCUCCUUUGAUUGGCCAGUUUUCUCAAGUCCCAAUAUAAGUCAUGUUUCCCAUAUUACUUAUCUCUCGCUCUCAUAUAUUCAUACCCAGGUAUCUAUAUUUGUGAUAGGUGCCUAAAUUUUGUGACAACUUUGUGCUGUUGGGGGAGGGGGAGUCGGGAAAAAAAGAAUUGGGCCAAAGUAGUGAAAUGUUAUUUAUGGAUGGCCCCUAAGUUUGAUACAUGCUGCUAAUAUUAAAAUUUAAUAAGGGACAUGCAUACUUUUGAAAUAAAUCAAAGUUCAACCUGGGAAGUCAAUAAAUCAAUGCUGUUUUAAUUUCAGGUACAAAGAUCAGUUUCAGGACUAUCCCCCAAACAGAAGAGCUCUGAUACCGUUCAUAUUCUAAAAUGUAUUUAUUUCAAUAGCAUUGCUCAGGGUAUUUAACAAAAUACAUGUUUCAUUUUCUGUUCAGGAAGGCUGUUGGAAUGGUUUUAUUAUAUUGAUUAAUGUAUGAUUUCAUGCUUAUGUAAGUAAGGGUUGUAACUUCACUAAAUAUCAUGAUUCCAAAAUGUUUAAAUGUUAUUGCGCAGCUAAAUUGUUAAACUUAAUAAGGAAAAUAUUUUUUAAUUCUUUUUCUCUGACAUAUUUUCCCUUGCUCAACUUUAAAAAAAAUUAAUUUUAAAACUUAUCUGUACAUUACUAUUAUUGUUAUUGAUUCAGUUUCUGAUGUCUUGUGUUGCGCAUACUAAAAGUCAAUUAUAACUUGUAUUUCUAUGCUAAAAUACAUCUUAUUUAAAUUAAAUCAAUGUAAAGUUUAAAAUCAUAUUGUUAUAAACUUUUAUAGAUAUUAAAAAUUGCAAAAUACCCCAGAGCUGUGUUGUACGUAUAACAAUACUGUAUUCAUACAUCCGUGCUAACUUUAUUUAUUAGCCCUACUUAAAAUAUUGGUAAUGUUAAAGCUCCGACAUGUCAGCUGUGGGACCAUUUUGUCUAGAAGUGAAUAUACUCAUUGAUUUAUUUCAUGCUUUGUGCCUCAAAUGUUUGAAAAGAUUUACUGUUUUUUGUAAACUCUACUUUUACUAUGUUUAUUUCUGUGAGACAUCGAAUUAUUAAACAUAAAAAAUGUAUCUUAUUUAUCCUAA